GGGAGCGAUGGCUGAAAAAAGCUGCUAAAUAUAUUUCAAAUUUCUGCAAACGUAAGCUUAUAGUUUUCAGUCGGGUAGUAGAAGGACAGACGCAUUUAUAGGGACGUCAUGAUGGACUGUUUGGCAAGCUAAGUUUUCCCCCAACAGAUCAGAGAACCAACCGUGUUUUUGUUGUCGACAUUCUGCAAAGAGUCAUUCAGCACGGCCUAUGAAGAUGUCACAGUAAGAGAAGCUGACUGAAAACAUGGAGCCAGAGAACGACCACUGGAUAGAAGUGCUGUUUAAGCCACACUUCAGCGUGGAGGAGGCAACAAAGACCAUUGAGCAAAUCGCAAGACAAAAUCAAGCCAGUGACAACAACAACGCAGACCACUCAGUACCGAAAUGUCUUAGGACUCCAGAGGGCAAAGAAAUCUACCAAAGGGUUCUACGAGAAAGGCAACAAAGGGAAGAACAGCUGCUGAGAGAGAAAUUGGCUAAGAGACUAAGCCUAGUUACCACAGCAGUACCAGGGCCAGGACCAAAGCCAGCCAGCUGGGCUACCAAACACCAGUCAAACAGCACAGAGCAAGAGGCUCAAAGUCAAAGCCAACGAGAAGAGGAGAGACAGGGCAGCGAAUGCAUCUGGAACAAGCAGGAUCUGGCCACGCUGUGUGCCACCAUGGACACAAUAGAGAGGGACAGGCGGCGACUGAAGCUACAGCUGGGUCUGGCGCAGGCCGAGGUGAGGACGGAGCGCGGGGAGCGGAAGAGGUUGCGCGGCCUGCUGGAUGAGAGCGAGAGGCAGCUGGCGGCAGCCAGACAGGAAGUGACACGCUGGAAGCUGCGGUGCGAGGCCCAGCUGGCGGACAGCAAGGCCAAGGACGCGCAGGUACAAGCUCUGACGGACGAGGUCAAGCGGAUGGCCGAGGAGACAGCAUGCAGGACCACAGGUGAGCAGGAAGCCAGGCAGGAAGUGAGGGAGGCCAACAGGAAGUGCUCCGACCUGCGGUGGGAGCUGGAGACGCUGAGGGAGCAGCAGAGGGUGGAGGAGAGGAGGCUGGAGGCAGCGGCUCGCGUGGAGGAGGACUCUGAGGUGUUCAGGUUAACGCAGGAGCUGGUGGAGGUCAGGGCUGAGCUGAAGGCAGAACAGGAGAGCCAUGCCCGUAGUCACACUGCACUGGAAAUACUCAGGAAACACUUCACCAAGUCUUCUUGAUGUUGGGACUAGGAGUAGCAUGAACUUCCCCUCAAAGUCUUCAAAUAACACUUCACCAACUUAGCUUAAAGUUGAUGAAGGAGUAAAAUGAAUUCAGGGUCGGGGUGUACUUGUGUGUGAGAGAGCAGAUUUUUUUUUUGUUAUGACAAGGUCUGACUAAUGUAUUUCCACUUCUUGGCAAAUCUUACAUGUUGGACCUUCAUGUCAAAGUGUAAGAAGGUAAAGGAGAGGAUGUUGGCGACAGCUGCUUGGGUGGAGCAGGACUCUGGUGUUCACCAAGUCUUCUUGCAAUCGGCAGUGGAGUAUUACAUAUGAUCUAAUGUCAGGACUAGACUAUUACGAACGACCAUGAACUUGUUCUCGAGCAGAAAAUGCUCAGAAAAUGUGUUCUUACAAAGUCAUUUUCAUACCGAGUACUAUAUUACAUAUGAACUAAUGUCAAGACUACAGUAUUAUGGACUUGCUCUCAAGCUCCUCAGAAAACACUUCACCAACUCAUGUUAAUGACUGUCUAGAAUAGACCUGUAUUUAAUUUUUGGUCAAGGUGUGUAAUGUAUGUGUGUCUGAGAGAAAGUAUAAUGUAGGAUUAGCGUGUUAUAUUGAAGAACAUUAUUGUGAAAAAUUAAAAACAUUGAACGCCUCAAAAAUUGCUAGAACGCUGUAACAACAUGUUGGUAAAAAAAACUUUCUAAUGAAUUGGGCCGAUGUUUGUGUAUAUGUGUGAAGGAGGUAGAAUGAUUUACUUCCUUACCUGGCUGUAUUAAACGUCCAGUGUGUGACAUAGAUGUGCAUCAUCAAAACUUUUAGGAGUAUCACCAUAGCCAACUUCAAGUGCUGCUAUUAGAUUUCAAUGUUAUAUUUGUAUGUACAGUGAAAAUAAUAAGUAUUUGAUCCCUUGCUGAUUUUGUUGGUUUGUCCACUAAUAAAGACAUGAUCAGUCUAUGAUUAGGUUUAUUCUCACAUGGA